CGGCGGCGGCGGCGGCUGAGAGAACACCUAGAGGCCGCAGGUGGAUACCGGCUUCAGUCGGAGCUGAUGCGGGAGCGGCGGAGGAAGCGGAGAGGCAGUAAAACACCGUGAACGUUAGCGGGUGGUGAUGAAGGCAGGUUGUCGGGCUUUAACACAUUCUCGUGUCUCUGUCAGUUCCCUGUUCCGUUGUGUCGAGUCACCCACACAGCGCCGGCUGUCAGGUUAGCUCUGCGGCAGACGCACAGGUCACAGCCAUGUAUUAUUUAUCCCAUGUGGAGCUGUGGAGAACAUACUGGGAGUGUGUUUCCAGGCCUUACACGGUGUUCAUCUGCUCCCUGACGGCCGCACUGUACUAUCUGUGGGGCCGCAAGUGUCAGACACCAGCCCUGGUUUGUAGUGAGGCUUUUAGCGUAUUCCUCCACAAACACUGUCCUGUGGUGGCUGAGCGCUUCAGUCCCACCCCCUGGUGCUGGGGAGGCCGGCUUCAAACCCUGGUCUGUGCCCUCAUCAAGUCCCGACCUCCCGUCGCUUAUCGCAAUGAGCUGAUCCGCACGGUUGACGGUGGUCAGAUCUCUCUGGACUGGGUGGACAAUCAGACCAGCGUCACCUACCCAGAGCCCUCCACCCGCCCCACGGUCCUGAUCCUCCCGGGCCUGACGGGAAACAGCCAGCAGUCCUACGUGCUUCACGCCAUCAACCAGGCCACGCGCCACGGCUACAGAUGUGUGGUGUUCAACAACAGGGGGCUUGGAGGGGAGGAGCUGUUGACGCCGGUGACCUACUGCGCUGCUAACACCUCCGAUCUUGAGCGCGUGGUGACCCAUGUUAAAGGACUCUACCCUCACGCCCCCGUGCUUGGUGCUGGUGUGUCUUUGGGAGGCAUGGUGUUGUUGAACUAUCUGGCCCGUAAGCGCACAGAAUCAGGGAUGGUGGCAGGUAUCACCAUCUCCGUCCCCUGGAAUGCUCUGAAGUCCUCUGACUCGAUGGAAGAACCUCUCAACUGGCUGCUCUUUAACAAAUACCUCACGAGUGGCCUCUGCCGUGCCGUCAUCAGGCACAGGAAGAUUCUGGAGAAAGUGGUGGAUGUCGACUACGUCCUGAAGGCGCGGACUAUCCGUGAGUUCGAUGAACGCUUCACGUCUCUGCUGUUUGGUUAUAAAUCUUGUACGGAUUAUUACCAUGAUGCCAGUCCAGACAAAAAGCUCCCCAAUACAGCUGUACCCAUCUUGUGUCUGAACGCCGCCGAUGACCCCUUCUCCCCCCAGACUGCCUUCCCAGUGACCAUCGUCCAGAGCCUGCCUAACGUCGCCCUGCUGCUGACGGCCCACGGCGGACACAUCGCCUUCUUGCAGGGUUUGUUCCCGCGAGGCGAGAGCUACAUGGAGCGCCUGUUCAGCCAGUUCGUCCAAGCCGUCUUCGAAUACCCGAGAGACAUCGAGAGAGCCUGCAGCGUCAGAGGAGAGCAGAUAAGCGAGUAACAGAAUGACUGCGACGCCCGUAGAAUACGAAGCCACUGACAUCCUAGCAGUAGAACAACAGUUCACAAGAGUGCAUUGCUUAGCUUUGCAUGCCGUUACACCCCACCACACCAAUCCUGUGUCUUCCUCACGUUUGCAGGGAGACGACCAACUGUAUUGUGUGAUUAGAAGACCUCACUGCAACUCCGCUAAUCUACCUCAUCAUCUCAGGUUCACUUUAGAUAAGCAAUCGAAGAAGAUUUAAAAAACAAAAAAAAAGAAAAAAAGUAAAAAAAAAGAAAAAAAAAAGAAAAGAAAGACAAUGAAUUCUAAGCUAUGGAAGCCGUUUUCCAAGUAUUUGAAAAAAUAAAAUAAAUUGAGCAUCUGAAAAGCUCAACACAUGAUAAGAAGAUAUAGUUUUUUUAAAUUAUUUGUCCAAAAAAAAAAUGUUGACUGCUUUUAAUUGUACAUUUAUUAGACAAGCGCCGUCCCAGCUGCACAGCUCCUAUGGUAUGAAGCACUGUAGUGUGUGUAGAAAACUAAACGCUAACUAAAUGAAGAUGGGUGCUUUGAGUUUGAACACUACACAAAAAAAAAGAACCAAUGAACUGAAUGUAAAAAAACAAAACCGAGCAGUAAUGUUGUUGUUGUCCUCUUGAUAAAGGUGUGCUCCUUUCUUUUGCCUCAUGUACUGCUUCUGAUUUUGCAAGACAUGUAAAACAUUCUCUGAAGGUUUAUAGUCGCCCAGAUUAAAGCUUUGCAUGCUUUUGCAGUGUGCUUGGGUGGAACACAAAAUAUACAGAGAUAAAUAAGCUGACAAUGUAAAAAAAAAACAAAAAAAAAAAGUGGUAAAGCUCACUGUGGUACUUCAGAUAUUUGUACCUGCUGUCAAUAAUUUUACUAUUUGUUGUUUUUGAAUUUAAACUGAUUAUAAUCUGCCUUUUUUUUGUCAUAUGCGCACAUUGUUUAGGGACUCGGGAGCAGAUCAAGGAAUGUCCAUCAUGUCAAGAUUGUAGCUACCUGAUAAUUCUUUGUUGUGUUGCAGGAAUUUGACUUGAACUUAAUCACAGAUUGUCAGUGUUUUUACAACAACCAGGUCAGUAUGUAGAGUAGAGAAUAUGCAGAAUAUUUACGUUUGUGUUGGUGCACUGAUGAUGAAUCCGUUUUCUUGUGUUCAUUUACAAUCCGUGUCAUUGUAUUAAUUGACUCUUAAUGGUUCCCCAUUAGGAGUCAAUUCAUACGAUUCUGAGUUUAUUAAAAUGAUAGCAGCUAACGUUGCUAAUUGUUGGCUUUUAAUUAGCAGCACGGUUUUAGUUCCACCAGCUACUUGCAUAUGUUUACCGCCUUCACUUGCCUUCGAUCGCUCUGUGAUGUGACACUUUUGUAAUCACAGUGUUUUCGCAAUAUCAAUUGUUGUAACAGUCGGGCAUUAUUCAUGAUGUUUUUGGUUGUUUUUAUUUAAUUGCACUUGAAUUAAAGAAUGACAAUGAUACAAUUUCAAA